CCGACCUCACGACGCGACACUCCGCACGCGACCACAAAACGCACGCGAACUCAACAUAUAUCGAGAACGCUGAAAUACGGACACAUUUCUCCGUGUUUAAAACGUCGCUGUAGUGUCUUGUCAGUGCGAACAUGCAAAUGUUGGCGUCCCUGAUUUUGGCGUGCGCUUUCUGUGGCGUCCGAAGCGUCAUCCGAACGCCUCUGGAAGCGUUCAGGCCGUCCGCAGAAAUCCACAUUAGAAGACCGGACAAACUGCCGCUUCCGCCGCACAGGAGGACGACGUUACCGCCGAUGAGUGGAAUCAAGAUUUUAUAUCAGACAGGGGUUUCGGAGGACGAUUUGCCCGAUUGCCGACCGCGACAAGUCUGCAGUAAGGUUGACCUCUACGACGCUUCCCAGCCGUGGAUAGAGAAGAAAUGUCGGUGCUUAGGACACAGGCCGUGUUCGAGGUAUGAAAGCGAACUGUCGGCCGACGACAACCACACGCUGGCCGACAAGACGACCUUGUACAAAACUUGCGAGCCAGUGAAGAGGUUGCCUAAAUGCCGUUACUUCAAGGACGCAGCGUGGAUCAUCUACACGUUUGCCGAUACGAACGCGACUCAGCAGAUCGUCAACUGUCACUGCCCCAAGUUCUCGGUCACGUAUCUGCUAAAGAAGCUACCGUACACGGCAUCUAGCGGCGAACAAGGGAACCAGUACCAGUUUGGUUGCUCACCACAAAGCAGGCUUCGUUGCUCAAGGAAGGAGCCUUGUAAGUUGUUCAGCGCGAGACGACGUCACGAGCAGAUCGACGAAGUCAACGCCAAUACCAUCUGCCAGUGUCCAAGGGACCACAGCUGCCCUAGGCAUCACACAGAGCCCGGAGUCCUCCCGGGAAUCACGUACGCUUCAGAAGACAUCCGUACGUACCACGGUUACUGCAUGCAGGAACCACCCCCGGAUACCUUCAGAUUCGUCGGAGAUAAAGAUUGAGUACGAACUAAUAAGAAAGUGUGAAGCAAAACCGAUAACUCGAUAUUAUAUCGAUUUGAGAAUCGAUUCGUGUGAUUUAUUGUUUAUGUUUUAAAUUUUGUUCCUUAUUUUAUUUGUAUAUCUUCAAGAUAUUAUGAAAAAUUUUAAUGACAUUGUAAAAUAUAUAUUUUUUUUAAUCGAGAAUAACGUUAAUUUAUAAGUUGGGUAUUGUUAUACGAAUUAUGAAAACAUUUUUAAGACGAAUGUUUCUCUACUAGUGUUUUUUAAUUGCCCUAUAAUUUGCCUUAUGUACUUUUUAUAAAUAAUUAUAUUUCGAGUAAAUACUGUACAGUUGUAUGCUGUAGUUAAAGUACAUAAGUUUUAAUUUUAUUGAAUAUACCGUUUCGUUCGUUUACCUGUAUAGUACAAAUGCGAUAUUAUAGUUGAUCGCUUUUGAUAGUUUUACGAUUUGAUUUAGUUAUGUAUAAAAUAAAGUACGAUUGUUUUUGCGAAAACCGACUAUUGCAUAACGUUUUUGUGAAAACCGACUAUUGUAUAACGUUUUUGUCCGAUUGUUUUUGCGAAAACAGACUAUUGCAUAACGUUUUUGUGAAAACCGACUAUUGUAUAACGUUUUUGUCCGAUUGUUUUUGCGAAAACCGACUAUUGGAUAACGUUUUUGUCCGAUUGUUUUUGCGAAAACCGACUAUUGUAUAACGUUUUUGUCCGAUUGUUUUUGCGAAAACCGACUAUUGUAUAACGUUUUUGGCUGAUUGUUUUUGCGAAAACCGACUAUUGUAUAACGUUUUUGUCCGAUUACCGACUAUUGUAAAACGUUUUUGUCAAGUUAGAAGAAAAAUUAGAAAGUGUAAAUAAAAAUUUAUAGUAUUUAGAAAUGCCAUUUUAAAUGAGUUUGAUAUUUGUGUGGCGUCAAACAUUUUCUAUUUCUUGUCUGUUUACAAUUAUAUAAA